GUACUGGGUGGGCUCCCAUCUGUGGCUUGAUGCUCAGCCUGUAAAAGCAGUGCUUUCCUAACUAGCCAGAGGGAAGAACUCAGAGCAAAGGCAGCUGAGAACUUGUUUCCUGACUAUAGAAUCCACACCAGGUUAACAUGGCAUCAGGAUCCAACAUGAUGACUCCCAUUUGCCUAGUGGAAAAUGAGAAAGAGCAGCUGAUGGUGAACCCCGAAGCAGUCAAGGUUCUUGAAAAGAUUACACAGCCUGUGGUGGUGGUGGCCAUUGUAGGAAUGUAUCGUACAGGAAAAUCCUACCUGAUGAAUCGCCUGGCUGGACAGAACCAUGGUUUCAAUCUGGGAAGUACAGUGCGGUCUGAAACAAAGGGCAUCUGGAUGUGGUGUGUGACUCAUCCCACUCAACCAACAUUCACCUUGGUCCUUCUGGACACUGAAGGCCUGGGUGAUGUGGAGAAGAGUGACCCUAAGAAUGACUCAUGGAUCUUUGCCUUGUCCGUUCUACUCAGCAGCACCUUUGUCUACAACAGUGUAGGCACCAUCAACCAGCAGGCCCUGGAGCAACUGCACUAUGUAACUGAACUAACAGAGCUAAUCAGGGCAAAAUCCACUACAAAGUCAUCUGAUGAAAUUGAUGACUCUGAUGAAUUUGUGAGUUUCUUUCCAGACUUUGUCUGGACUGUUCGGGAUUUCAUUCUGGAGCUGAAGUUAGAUGACAAGCCCAUCACAGAGGAUGACUAUCUGGAGAAUGCCUUAAAGCUUAUUUCAGGCAUGAGUUUGAAAAUCCAAAAUGCCAACUUGCCUAGGGAGUGUAUCAGGCAUUUCUUUCCAAAACGUAAAUGUUUUGUCUUUGAUCGACCUACAAAAGAAAAAGAUCUCUUAGUUCAUAUUGAAGACUUGCCAGAAGACCAGCUGGACUGUAAUUUCCAAAUGCAAUCCAAAAAAUUCUGUUCCUACAUCUUUACAAAUGCAAAACCCAAGACUGUGAGAGAGGGAAUUAUUGUCACUGGAAAACGGCUGGGGACUCUGGUGGAGACUUAUGUGAGUGCUAUCAACAGUGGAGCAGUGCCAUGUUUGGAGAAUGCUGUGACCACCCUAGCUCAACAGGAGAACUCAGCAGCUAUACAGAAGGCAGCUGAUCACUACAGCCAGCUCAUGGUGAAACAAUUGAGGCUCCCCACUGACACGCUCCAGGAGCUGUUGGAUGUGCAUGUGGCCUGUGAGAGAGAAGCCAUCACAGUCUUCAUGGAACUCUCCUUCAAGGAUGACAAACAAGAAUUUCAAAAGAAUCUGAUGAGCAGCAUAGAGAGAAAGAAGGAAGAGUUCAUCCUGCAGAAUGAAGAAGCAUCUGUCAAAUACUGCCAGACCCAGCUGAAGAAAGUUUCUGAGCAUUUAAUGAAAUGCAUUUCCAAUGGAACUUUCUCUGCCCCUGGAGGACACAGUCUGUACUUAGAAAGCAAGAUGAAGGUUGGGCUUUACUAUGAGGCAGUGCCCCGGAAAGGAGUAAAGGCAAAUGAGGUCUUCCAGAACUUCCUGCAGUCCCAGGAUGCUAUAGAAAAAUCAAUCCUACAGUCAGACAAAGCUCUCACUGACGUACAGAAGGCCAUAGCAGCUGAGAGGGCUGCAAAGGAGGCAGCUGAAAAGGAGCAGGAACUGCUAAGACAGAAACAGAAGGAACAGCAGGAAAGGAUGGAAGCCCAAGAGAAAAGCUUCAAGGAGAAUGUGGCCCAACUACAGGCAAAGAUGGAAAGUGAAAGAGAGAAUCUGAUAAGAGAUCAGAAAAAGAAGCUGGAACACAAGCUGAAGGUCCAAGAAGAAAUGCUUAAAGAAGGAUUCAAUAAGAAAUAUGAAGAUAUGAAUACAGAGAUACAUCAACUGAAAAAGGAGAUUGAAAAAACCAAGGAAGAAAAGUCAUGGGGUGCAGGGUUCUUUGAUGGGAUUGGUGAUGUGUUUCUUACAACAGUGCCCAAUCGUUUUGGUAAGGUAGCUGGUGCCAUUGCAAAAGGGAUAAGCUACACAAUCAAGUAGACUCAUGAUUUGUAUUAGGAAAUGAAAAAUAAGGUCAUUCAUUUGUCCGAGUCUUAGUUUUCAAGUUAUCAUGAUAUUAAAAAAAAUUCAAAACAAUAAGGGAAUACAGGAAUGGAGAGAUGGUGACAAAAUGCAGCCAUUGUAUUUAAUAUACAUUAUACUAAAACUGAAUGAUGUGAGUUGGGACCAGAGAAAAAAAGUGGUAGGAAAAUGAAGAAAGGGGUGACAUAACAA